GCAGGAACUAAACUGCUUCAACUCGCUCCAGUUCAGCUUAGGUUCGGUCGAAUGGAAGGUUAAUCGCAUAAUUGCUUUUUAUUCCGAGGAUCGUAGGUGUUGAUCAUGGCAGGAGCAUUAAAAAAGACGACAGGACUGACAGGUCUCGCUGUGUCGAAGCAUCCGCACACUGAACUUCGCUUAAUAUACGAUCGACUUCUGCGGCUCGCGAGUCACUUACCAGCUGACUACACCUACAGGAAAUCUGUCGAGAAUCUAGUAAAGGAAAGAUCCGAGAUUCUGCAGCAGUCCCCGAACGUCGCUGACAUAGAAGCGAAGAUAGGUCAGGGACAAAUUGAGGAGAUUAUAGUUCACGCGCAAAACGAGCUAGCCUUGAUGAAGGACAUCGUCGAGCAAAAACCGUGGGAGAACCUGAUAGAGAAAGCUCCGCCGCACCAGUGGACCUGGCCAGCUCACCAAUAAUUUCGACCAUUCACCGAACAGCCUGUACAUAGUGCUAAAAUAAGCGAAUGUCUAUCAAUCAGUGUAAUCGCAAUCGUAGAUUAAAUCGCAUACUCGCAUCGUA